UCAUUGUUGUACUGUAUUAGAAGCGCUCUUGUUUGUUUUGUAUGAGCAUCCAUUAUGGACCUGAGUUCAAUCCUGUCGCAGAUUGAGAGUGGAAAUAAUGCGGAAAUUGAAAAGCUUUUGCAUAAAUACAACACAGAGAACUGUAAAACAUUUGCUUUUGAUUGCAAAGAAAAGGAGGCUCGAAUAAAGCUUUGCCAGGGAGUGCUUACAGUGCUCAACCAGCCUGUCCAAACCCAGUGCCAGACCACCUGUCUGGAAACCCUGCGCAUCCUGUCUCGUGAUAAGCACGUUUUGGGACCUGUAGCCACACGAAACGGAAUUCUUACACUGGCACGACUGGCAUGCAUCCGACUGCCUGAAAGUGAUGAGGGACCUUUAGAGGAAACAAAGUUUGACUCAGCAGAAGAGGAGCGAGUGGUGGUAGAGGCACUUAAGUGCUUUUGUAAUGUGGUUUACAACAGUGUGGCAGCACAACAAGUGGUUGCGGAUGUGCGGCUGGGUCAGGGUUUGUGUGCCCGGCUGUCCUCACUGGGCUCUGGCCAUCAUGAGGUGGGGCUCUUCUCACUUCGUCUGCUGUUCCUGCUUUCUGCUCUGCGGGCAGACAUCCGGAGGAGGCUGCGUCAGGAAAUGAAUGCUGUGGAGCUGCUUACUGGUGUGCUCGAGCGCACCCUGGAUGUGCGCUGGUCCGGACCGUAUAAAGUUACCCCUCCUGUUGCACAGGCCCCACAUGUUUCACCAGAGAAGCUGGACUUGACCAUGGAAGCACUUAAAGCUCUUUUCAACAUAACCAUGGCCGACUUCAACGAUGAGCACAAUGAGCACCAGCUGCGGCGUGUUGCAUCUAUCAUGAGGCACAUACUGAUGCUAAGGUCUCAAACAGAGGAGAAAACAGAGGAGGCUCACAGCCAUGCCAUUAACCUCCUCAGCAACCUUCCGGUAUCCUGCUUGGACGUUCUGAUAGUAUCUGAACAGGAAGGACUUGAGAAAUAUGGUGGAAAGAAUAUGGAUACUCUAGAUGUCUUAGUGGACUUCAUGGAGAAGAGAAUAGACAAGGGAACAAACUACAAAGAGGGUCUGACCCCAGUGCUUAGCCUUCUGACAGAAAGUUCCAGAUACCACAGGGAGUUCCGCAGAUACCUGAAAGCUAAGGUUUUACCACCCUUGAAAGAUGCAACAGAAAGACCAGAAGUGGGCAGUACAGUACGGAACAAACUGGUGCGCCUCAUGACUCAUGUUGACAUGGGAGUGAAACAGGGGGCUGCAGAGUUUCUUUUUGUUCUCUGCAAGGAAAGUGUGGAUAAUCUUUUGAAGUACACUGGCUACGGCAAUGCUGCAGGCCUGCUGGUGGCUCGUGGCCUUUUAGCAGGAGGAAGAGGAGAUACUGAGUAUUCUCCUGAUGAGGACUCAGACACUGAGGAGUAUAAGUCAGUAAAACCAUUCAUUAACCCUAUCACAGGUCACAUAGAAGAGCCCAUGCCAAACCCAACUGAAGGCAUGACCGAGGAACAAAAGGAAUAUGAAGCUCAGAAACUGGCAGAGAUGAUCAGUGAAUUGUCAAGUGGGUGCAUUUUUCUCCUCUCACAGGCAGCAGCUGAUCAGGCCGAUGAGUGUAAGAAAGGACGGCUCACUUGCGCCUCUAGAGGAAGCUAUGCGCACAUGCACUGUUCCGGAGAGCAGUGAUUCAGACUCCGAUUAAUAAGCAACAAUCCUGCUUACUGAAUCAUUUCUUCACCAUCGAGUUGCUGCUGAGGACCACUAAGAGUCUGACCGAGUCCACAUCAGUUGCCCACUGUGAUCUGAAAUGUUUGGGUCAGUGGCAGGAGCGAUGUGUUCCGCUGCAGUGUUCUUUUCUGUUAGGAUUGUGUGUAAUAUAUAAAGUACUGGUCCUUUGGGUCUUGGGUUCUUUUCUUUACCUUAGUAGUCAUUCCUUAUUUUCCUUAUUUAAGUGCACUAAAUAACAGAGGCAUUUUAGUUUGGAUUAAAUGGUGAAAUUACAAGAAAUUAGACCUUUUUAUAAAUGUGCACUUUUGUAAUCAAGCCAACAGUGCAGCUGCUUUUGUUUACAAAAAUCACUAUCAUCACUUGUUACUUAAUAAUGUUUUUGAAGUUAACUAUUAACAUCUAUAAAUGAUUUUUUUGUAUGUUUUAAUUGUUCUGGAAGAUGUUAUUUGUGGAUAUGUGGAUCAAUCAACAUGCAGUUUAAAAACACUACCAUGUCCUACAGCCAUCCUGUAGAAGCAAUCCAUUUAUGCAUUUAAAUUGCCAAAACAGCUUACAGUUAUCACAGGUCACAUUCAGUUGAUAUCACUGUCAUAUUUUCUGUAAACCCAGUAGCACCGCUAAGAUUUGAACUCCGAUCCCAGUGGUGGUUGGCUGGCGUAAUAGCUGUUUAACACGUUUUGAGGUUUUAAUGGUGUUUUAAUGGUGUUUACGGUUCUUUUUUUAAAAUCUCUAUAUUUUGGAUUUACUCAAUUGUUCAGCAUAUUGGUUAUGCAACUUAGUUUAUAUUGUAGAGAUUUAUGAAUCCAAAAUUUUCCUUCAUAAGAGAUUUGAUCAAAGAAAAUACAAAGAAAGAAAUCAUUACAUUAAUUUAAAACACAAAAGAACUUGGUACUAAACAUUUAUUUAUCAAACUUUUUAAGAAGCCUGGAUUAAUGUUUCUAUUUGCUUUUCACAUAAUUUAAAGAAAUCAUGCUGUUUUGUAAGCUCAUUAAUUAUUAAAUAUUGUUUUAAAUGGAAGGAAUUUUACCACAUUUGUUUCUUAUUAAACACAACAAUCUGAAUGGUAAUUGUGAACAUUGAUCCUUAUUGUAUAUACAUAUAAUUUCCAAUCCACUUAUAUAAAUCUGUGUAAAUCAGGGACUAUUUGAACAAUAUUGCGCUUAUUUUACACUCAAUUUAUGAUUAUUAGUUUUUUUCUUUGAACCUUGGAAAUUUCUGUGGUUUAAAAAAUAAAUUUUUGGAAAUUGAUUAGGUUAAUUAUGCACAUGUAAAGUAAAUAUACACAAUGUGUGCAGCUUGUCUUUUAUACUGUAUGUAAUGCUUUUUAAGAUUUAAAGGGUCUGUUCUUCUGUGUAUCAGACAGUUUGUUCCAACCGUUUUCCAGCAUGAUUAAA